GAAACGCAUUGAGGGACAGUUGGGAACUCAGUACGGACUUCCAAUAGGUUGACGUGAUAUGGGAGUGUGCAAGUUUGCCAUGUAAACUUCAGCUUGCUUAUAUUUGCCCUGCGGUCCUAGGAAAGGAGCAGUGGGGACAGAGUCUCGCUAAAUGUUUGGUGGGGGUAUGUGGCGCGUAGUUUUUUAACCUAUAAAAUCAGAGCAAAAUGUGCGAUUGACCAUACCCCUUGUUUUCACCAGAUACAAUAGUUGAUACCCUAUUAAAAUUACCCGCAAGUAUGUGACUUCCGACUGACAUGACAUCUCUUCUGCCCAUUUCAGUCAAAAGGGCUUGCUUGUGUACCUAAAGAGCGCUGUGACUAUCUAAGGGAAGUAACCUCCCCCCGGGUCUGCAUGUGUUGCAACCCAGGUCAUUAAAGGCAUAAAAUAUGCUAUAUAACCCGACGUUUCUUUUGCACAAUUCAGUAAUUCAAGGAGGCUCUACAAUAACUUUCAGCUGUUUUUGUCGUUAGUCGUGUUACAUUUUGAGGCUGUGCUCACUGUGUAUCGAUCCCACAAUGGUUCGCCCAUUGCUGAAUGCUGUCUGUCUCCUUGCUCUGAUGAAUUCUGUGGAAUGUCAACGCGCGGGCAUUAAAAUUGACGUUAACCUCAGUCUUAGCGCAAGAAUCCGAGCAGGCGGCACCUGUGUGUCUGGUGAAAUGGAAAUCGAAGAGAGGACAAAAGGCUUUGUUCAUGUCUCGGAGCUUUCCGAAGGUGACGUCAUCUUCGGAAUCACGGGACCUCAACGGAGCCCUGCCUGGUGCAAGGUGGUUGCUGUGUUUCCUGCAGUAGGUGGCAAGAAUAGGACCACCCAUAACGGCUUCACUGCAGACCACAUGGUCAUUGAUCACACAGUUCACCCAUAUGGUAAGAAGGGAGAAAUGCGCGAGGGUCCUGUAUACACGCUAGCCACCGACUGCGAUGCUUCUGUGAAUGCAGCGGGCCAGGCCUUCUCGCCCAUCAGCACCACGUUCUGUCCGCAUGAGUUGAGCUGGAGUGAGUACAUCACCUUGAUGUCUGCAAUACGUCGCUUUGCCAAUCGCACUGGUUACUUUUGGUUUGAUACUUCUGUAUACCACGACAACGACACUGCAAUGGUACCACAUUGGCUCGACCAACUCCAUCAAAUAUGCAAUCAGCUUCUGCUAUGCUCACGCCAAGAUCGAUGCCAGGAACUUGAGAAUGUAAUGGCAGAGUUCGUUCAUGGACAUCUUAACAAGGAGUACGUGGAGGUCGUUGAGCGAGUAUUCCCCAACAUGGGUGGUGAUGUGAGUAAGAAGCAAGCUGGUACCAUCACUGAAGUGGUUCGUCUCCAGGAAAGUAGUCAAAUAAUGUUGUUUUCCGUUUUUGGUAGCGCCAUGGUGACGCUACUGAUUAUCGCUAUAGCUGUCUUGCUGUACCGUGCACGAGUGAAGGCGGAGAAGGAGCCGGAACCCAAGGCUCUGGAAAUGACGGCAUAAAUGUUUUUUUAGCUGCUAACAGAAGCGACCAUAAAACGGGUUUACUUUUUUUGCUUUCAGUCGAGCAGUUCGCAAUUUUUGUUGAAAUGAAAGUUAAGCCGCACCUUUUUCUAGUUGUAGGGAGUUGAUUUACGCGAUAAGGUUUUGACAAACUUUAAUUUGUAGAUAUUAAGGAACUGAUAUUAGUUAUGAUUGUCUUUGAAUUUGCGUCAGAACAUUUUUGAAAGUAAAUAUUUUUUAGCUUGUGUCAAGGGGUCCACUAUUCCACUUGCUUCACGGGGAAGGAAAGAAGUUUGCCGGUAAAAUGGCAAUAAAACGGUUUUUGAGCUCUACUCUCUCUUUCCUGGUGCGGAUAUAGGAUUUGUUGAAGGGGGUUUCCUAGAGGUGUCCGACGAAGUCGGGCCCUUUUAGGGGAGUUGGGGCAUGCCCCCUGGGGAUUUUGAAAAAUGAUUUCCAGCGUUUUAACGGUACGGGGUUAAGGGACGAUUGUUGGUUGUUUAAUAUCUUUGACUACGCUUAGGUACUUAUAAUAAUCUAGACCAAUACAUAAAACUAAAAUUACAGUUUGAUAUUUUUAUUCGUUAUGUGCUCUAAAAAGAGAAAAUGAGAAAAGAUCAUGGUUUCUUGUUCCAUCACAAUUAAGAAAAUGCGCUCUGUCAUUAUCCUGGAUAAUUGUGCAAAUAAAAAUCUGGAUUUGCCUUC